ACACUACAACUUAAACAUGAUGUUAAAGAGCAAUCUGAUGACCCAAUAUUCAAUACUAUCUGGAUAAUUCCAGCACUCCGCCAGGAUCUAGCUUUAGUUGAAAACCAGAUCCCCUUUUUUAUUCUCCAAACUCUGUUUGAGGCUACCACGCCUCAUCUCAAGGCCAACGGCAAGCCAGCACCGAAAUCGGUCACUAGCCUUGCUCUUCAUUUCUUUGAACCUGCAGCUCUGAAGAACCAAAAGGCAAUAAUAAAAGGAGUUGAUGAUCCUCCUGGCGGCACAGAGGGCUACAAGCAUCUGCUUGAUCUCUUGCACAAAUUCUAUCUCCCAAGUCAGCCUAAGAGUACAAAUAAUAAGCAGCAGCCUGCUGGGGCUGGUGAUUCCUCAAUUAUCAACAUCACCAAUAUUGAUAUCCCUGGAAGCUAUAACAAUUGGGGAUUCAAUUAUUGCGCUUCACAACUUUUGGAAUCUGGGAUCGAGAUUGAAAGACAGUCAAGCGAGAAACACUUGCUGAACAUAACUUUCAGCAAGGGAGUGAUCAGAAUCCCAUCAUUGUUCAUAGACGACAACAUUUCACUCUUGAGAAACCUGAUUGCCUACGAGCAGUACAGCAUCAGCAGUAAUCACAUCACCUCAUAUCCCAUACUCCUGAAAAGCCUCAUCCGUUCCUCAAAGGACAUCAAAAUACUUCGGCAAAGAAGGAUCAUAAAUUCCAAUUGGAUUGACGAUGAAGUAUAUUUGGCUCAAUGCCACAGUAUUCUAGAUGAGGUUGUUGUCAAGGACUUCUGUUUUGCUGACUUAUGCAACCAAGUGAACACAUACGCUCGUAAGUUCUGGUUUCGCAGACGUUUGAAGUCCUUCUAUCGCACUUAUUUCUCAACUGCAUGGAGCUUGAUAUCGUUCAUUGCUGCAUUUUGCCUUUUUGUUCUAACUGUCAUUCAAACAUACCAUGUCAUUCACCCUCGCUAG